CAGAUAAAGCAAAUAAAGCAAAACCCCAGGCAACUCAAUGAAUCCAUUCAAAACAUAAAGCUUAUAUAGAGAGUUCCUCAACAAGCUAACAUAAUAAGAGAAGAAGAAUAAGAAGAAGAAGAACCUGAACCUCUACUUGAGUUCUCUCUUUCUUUGUCUAUCUAAUUACACUCAAAUGGCAUCCAUUUCUGACCCUCAACCUCAACCUCAACCUCUGGUGUUAUACCCACACAGCAUCUCUAGCCAAGCAAGUGCUCCAAGCUCUAAUGGUUCAUUUGGACCAGUGUUUAUAGUUUUGGCAGUGAUUGCUGUUGUGGCUAUACUGGCUUGUAUUAUUGGCAGGCUAUGUGCUAGGCGUUUCUGCAAAGCAAAGACAACAAGUCACUUAGAAGAUGAUAUAGAGUUUGCAUUUGAGAUAAAUUUCCCAGCAAGAAAACCAGGAGCAGGUGCAGUUGGGAAUGGAAUGCAUAAAGGAGGAGGAAAAGGAAUGCAUGUUGGGAUGAAAGAAGCUGCAUCCAUGCAUGCUGAAGCUGGUUGGAAGAAAGGCAGGUCUAUGCCUCCUGUUAUUCCUGCAGGCAAGGCAAGUUUUGUCACUGAGUUUUAGGUAGAAACAAACAACUACUUGUGAUCCUUUUGUUGUUGUUAAUCUCCUUUUUUUUUUUUUUAAAUUAAUGCAUUAUCAAUGUACUCUGUUUUGAUAUGCUGUGAAAUGGUAUUAUCCUUCUUGUUAAUUUUCAUAAUAUCUGUUAAAUGAUAGUUUUCACUUACUACAUAUCAUAUAUAAAAAAUAAAAAUAAAAAUGUUACAGCUAGAAAGAAGAACAAAAUUCAAAGUCUGUCAUGCAUAUAUCAGGCCUAUUUAUGAGACUGAAGAAGUUCUGGCGCUUUCAUAAUGCCUGUUAAAUGAUGCUCACUUAUUUGAUAUCAUGAAAGGGGAAAAAUGUUUACAGCUGCGAAGAAGCACAAAAUUCAAAGCCUGGCAUGCGUAUAUAUCAGGCUUGUUUAUGAUCAGAGGAUGUUCUUGACUUUUCAUCAAACAUGUAUUAAUAAUGUAUCAGAUGUAUCAGAGAAGAAUUGUCUGGCUGCAGGGAGGCAACAAAGCUGUCUUCCAAUAACUGACAUAGAACAUGAACAGAGAUCAUAAUUCAAGAUAUGACACAGGCCUUUUGCUUUUUUUUUUCUUACAAAUCCAGAUGAAGAAAAAUCUAUUCCUACUAAAAUACAAGACAGAAUUUGUAGCUUUUUCAGUACAGGACAGACUGGUGUCAAUUGGUGGAAACAAUGGUUGAAUAGCAAGAGAAUACUGUAACAGUCUAGGAAGCAUUGCUUGUUUUGUGACUUGUUUAAGGAUUGCACUCCUUUGUGACUCGGUGUUCAAUCACUACCAGCGCCGGUGGCCAACUCGGUAUCCAGGUUGCUCAAGAACACAGCAUAGAAAUCCAUCCAACAAAUGCAUGGAGAGGGAUCAUACUUGACCAGCUGCUAACAGUUAUAGCUGGUGUUAGAGAAUGACAGCGAAGUGAUCAAUAGAUGCAGAAGAAAUGAGCAGACCUUGAAUCAGUAAAGAUGAUUUUCCUCUAAGAGCAACAAAGUAUUCAGGUGAACAGAGCUGAGUUCUCUAAGAGUAGGGAUGGAAUUGAAAUACACUUCAAUAUUUAACAUCAAAACUUCUCAUGCACAUUUUUUUCAGCGAAGGUUAUCUAAUGGCACUACUCACUUUGAAAAGUGGGCAAACAUUCAAAUUUGUAUGGACAAAAAACCAAGAGAAUUCUAGCAAUUCAAAAUGAAAAACUGGCACAUAUAAUUAGAAUGUUGGGCUCAGCAACGAUGCUAGUUAGUUCAAGGAAGGGCUCUCAAAGAGCACUUCUCAUAUGAGAGGUGUUAGAAACGAGCAAUCUUUCAUCACAGCCCAUCAUCAAUAAUUCACAAUGAAGCAAGAAGAACAAAAAGCAGAUUGUGAGAAUUAGACCAGAUCAAUGUGUUAGAACUUUUCAGAUAUCCUCUUUUAUUAAUCUGCCAUGAAGAGAUGUAAAUAUUGCAAAGAGAGAAUCAAAGAUGAAUAGUCUACUGGAGCACAUUAACCACUACUGCUCUGCUAAAAAAAACAGAAGCAUUCCUCAUAAAACCUUCCCUUCCCCUCCAUUUAUGAAUUAGAUAAAUUAAGAACAAGAGGAAAUAGUAAAAACAGCUAAAUAAAUGAUCAGGAACAGACACAUCUUUGUCAAAAAAUAACAUGUUUUCUGCAUCACUCAGCAAUUGGUGAUUUGAGUAAAUAAAUCAGAGGUGACAAAUUUAAAGCAUUUCCCUCUGUCAACAGGAGCAUAAGCAAACCAUCCAAGCAAUAUACAAAAUAAUAAUAACACACACGUAUAUAUAACUUGUAACUCUCAGCAAUUUGUGAUUUGUAGAAAUUGAUGAUAAGAGGAGAGGUAUGAAAAACAGUUCCUUCCCUAAACAGGAGCAUAUGCAAACUAUCAACGUUUUCCUCCUCGUAGACAAUUAUGUUUCUAAUAAUAGGCUUCUAUGAUACCAAGGCAAGCAUUAAAGAUACAUAAACGAAACAUAUGACACAGAAAACAGACAAUUUGGAUAUACUCCAAUUAAUUCAAAACGAUAGGUACAACUUCAUAUCAAAGUAAAAGAAACAUUGCAAAAAAUACCAAAGGAAAGAACAAUGUACCUUGCUAAAGAGUAAUAUGAAAUAUAUUUUUCGUAUGCAGCAACAUUAGCAUCCUGACUGAUUAAAAAUCCUACCUUUAGAGAAGAACACUGGAUUUUGACCACUCAGAUGCUCCAGCACCAGGAGAGCAUUAAUUAAGAAAGAAAAUUCACAAGAGACGCGGAUGAGAUAGAAGAGAGACAAGGAAAAAGCCAGAAAAGAUCCAAACUUGAAGAUGAAAAUUGACCAUUCAAGCACCAACAAUACUCUAAAACAUCACGAUUGUCUAUAAAACAGAUACCAUUAAAGCAAGCAUUGGAUCAUUACUGUAAGCAUAGAUAAAGACUCAUAACUUCAUAAAUAAAGAUUAAAGACUAUAAAAAACCAAAAGGCACAAAAAAUGAGAACGG